ACCAGUCCCACCAACGUGCCAUCAAAAACAAGGCGAAGCAGCCGCCGCUUCUCUCUCCUCUUCCUCCCCCUGGUCCUUCCGACAAUCUCACAGCCCACACCUAGCCUGCGCACGGCGCACCCCGUACAACUCCCCAAAUUGCACUUCCGCCCUGCCCCCAACCCUCGCCGCGUCGUGCGCCGCCCUAGGGUUCGUGGCCCCUUUCCCCUCCCCGUCUUUCGUCAGCGGCGAUGGCGUCGGCGGCUUCGUCCCCGGCGGCGGCGGCAUCGGCGCGGGCUGGGGGCGGGAAGGACGACGAGCUGGCCGAUCUGGUGCGGCGCCUCGUGGACGCCCUCGCCCGCUACUCCGAUCGCCUCCCCUUCGACCUCGAUCGCCAGAAACUUCGCUCACUUACCACACUUGCUGCAAUCGCCAUCACACUUGUUUUUGCCUGGAAACUGUUGAGAGCUCCUCAAGAGCAACCUCGGAGGCCACGAAGACGGGUUGCUCCAUCAUCUAGCAACACCAGCAGUAGAUCAAGACCAGGGGCUUUGGCCUCAACAGAUGCUUGCUCAUCGGCAGAUUCAAGAGCACAUGAAGCAAUCAACCAGCUUUUCCAGCCAGUAAAUCUGACUCUUGAGCAGCUUGUCAGGCAUAAAUUGAGCGAAGGACGAAGGGUCACCUGCCGAUUACUUGGUGUGAUUUUGGAGGAAACGACUCCAGAGGAGCUCCAGAGUCAUGCCACAGUGAGGUCUUCUGUUUUGGAGGUUCUUCUAGAAAUUGCAAAAUUCUGUGAUGUCUAUCUGAUGGAGUGCAUUCUCGAUGAUGAAAGUGAGGAAAAGGUGUUGUCUGCCCUGAGUGAAGCUGGGCUAUUUACUAGCGGUGGUUUCGUAAAAGACAAGGUUCUCUUCUGUAGUACGGAAAAUGGCCGUACCUCUUUUGUUCGGCAACUCGAACCUGAUUGGCACAUUGACUCAAGCCCUGAAAUUGUUCACCAAUUAUCUAGGUUUAUCAAAUAUCAGCUACACAUUUCACCACAACAAACAGAAAGACUAGCGCCCAAUGUUUUCAGCUCUACAAGCUUGGAACAGUUCUUUGGAGGCCUUGAUCAGAGAUGAUACAAUGAGCCAAUGAGGUCAGACUACAGCAAGCCUUGGCAUUGCGAGAACACCUGAGGAACACCAUUGUUCAUUUUUUUCCUUGAAUGAUGUAAUUCGUUUUCCUUGUACUAUGUGUAAUAGUCUUGUGGUAUGUACUAAACUGAUUCUACGAUGCCCCCAUAAGCUAUGAAAAGAGGUAGCACCUGUAGCAUAAACCAUGUAUCAACUUGUCCCUGUAUAACCAAAAUACUUACAAUUGUCAACCUAGUAUUUAUUUCUGCAAAUUGUUUAUCCAAGUCA